AGUGGGGGUUACUGCUGGAUGGAUGGUGGGUGGUUCGUUGCUCUGCAAAUUCCCCUUCAACUUGCACUUUUGUCCGAUGGUCGUCGUUUAUAGCUGACCUCUGCAAAUAUUGGACCGUUUUUCAUUAACCAAAAAACUGUAAAGUUCGAAACGUAGCAUAAAAAUUGGCAGCGAUGUACUUUGGAAGUGGGUCGAUCGCCCGAUGAUCCACUUUCCGGAAGCCUUCAUAAGCGCAGCGAGCACCCGGCGAUGGCUUCAGUUGCCGUUUGCCGUUUGCCGUGUGUACCGUGUGGAAUAAGUGGUCGUCGUCGUCGUCUUUGUCGUUCUCGUGAAUAUCAGAUUCGCUUUUGCCGGUUGCUUUAUGCUUUUUGUGGAUUUUUGUUUGAGUGCACGAGUGAACCGCUGUAAUUCGAGGCUCCUUGUUGGGAAGCUAAUUAAACAAAGUGAAGAACAACCAAAAUAAAGCAGCAAAGAAGAAUACGAAUUGCUUGUCGCAUUUCCAGCUUGGUGUCCAAAAUGUAUAGUGCAUAAGCGACUGUUCCGGAAACCCCAGAGAAGGAUUGAUAGCAAAAUGACUUACAGUAUGGAUGACCUGGAGGCCACCAGGCUAUUGCGAAGUCCGCGCCACUGGUGUGCCCGUACGCCCAACAAACGCGUCCUGGUCAUCACCGUGCUGGUGAUCCUGGCGAUGUUCUUAAUGCUGAUCUACCAUGGCAUUGUGGUGGAGAGAAUGGAUCGCGUUCAGCAAAUCGCCGCCCUGAACAAAAAGCAUCGACAGCUCAAGGAGCCCGUCCAUGAGGAUAAGGAUGUACUGAUCGUCAGCCCACAGACAUUGCACGUGAAUUUUAAGACCGGCGGACAAAGCGCGGGGAUGAAUGAACGGCAGAGCCGCUUGAACAGCUUGCGCUGGAAGUUCCGAUUGUAUAAUAAGCGUCGUGUGCCGCGUGACCUGUCCAGAAGUGACAUACUCGAUCCCCUUCAGGUGGAGGCCAACAUGCAGCAGAUCUACUCGAAGCUGAGGAGCAAGCGGGCGCGCCAGGCCCUCAGUCUGCUGGAGAGCGAGUAUGUGAGAUGCAAGAAGCAAACCCCGCACGACUGCAUGUCCGCCUUUGUGCGGAUGUACAACAUGGCCAAGGAAAUCACCGAAAAAAUGGAAAAAAUGAAGGCCAUCAUGCGGGCGCAGCAGCCCCAGCUGGAGUCUGGGAGCAUGGAGUCGAAUGAGACCCGCGAGAAGACCCAGGAGUCGACUGCUGGGCCCACGACAAGCGCAGCAAACGUCAGCGAGGAGACGUCCUCGCAGAAGCCCGUCCGAUCCAAAAUAAAGCCAGCAAGAAUCAGCUGGAUCAUAGACGGCCAUGACCAUGACGACAGUGCGGUCUAUACGGAUAAUACGCCAAAGUCAUUGACCACCAAAGAGCCAAUGAACACCACUUUGCCGCUGGUGGAGACGACGACCCCCCAGGCAACGGUAGAGGAGACCUCUCCCUCAAGCGUGGGACCCUCUGAGCUGAUUGUGGGGACCACAACGGAGCAAAUCAGCUGGAUUUUGGACCGCUUUGACAAGCCCAAGGAGAUUGUGCACACCACAGAGGGGCCCAGACAGCGUACCACCAGAGAGCUGACCACCACGGCAGCCGCACCGAACUCUGGGCUGGAGCACACCUCGGAAAACGUUGUCUGGGAGGCAAAGCUGACAACAGACGCACCAGAAGCCCUGUCCACGACCACUCCAGCCGUAGCCCACAACGAAACAGUGCCACGGAAGCUGCAGUUCGAUUGGAUCAUCGAUGGCGAGGAAGUAGUCGAGCCGGAGCCAGAGAUGGGAAACUCUAGUUCCACCGCAACCACCACCCAAGCCACAGUCAGCACCACAGAUGCCAGCGACGCGCAUAACUUUACAGCAUAUCCGACCAAGCCAAAGCCAGUGAAGAUUAGCUGGAUCAUUGACAGCGAUGUGAUCAGCGCAGAGGUGAGCAGCACGACCAGUCAACCCAAGCUAACGACCACCACGGAGACACCCACCACUGAGAAAGGUUCCCGUAUUCCCGGUCAUCCAUUGGACAAUCCCAGCAGCAUUGAGAACAUGCUCGAGAGCUUCGAGCGGCACGAACCGGAGAAGCCCAUCAUAAAGGUGCUGUCCAGCAACGAAUCCUCAGAGGAUACAGUCACAGAUCUGUACGAGCGCCAGCACUGGCUGAAGAAGUUCGAGGCGCAGGCCAUGGAAACAAAAGAUGAGUUGAUAGACACCUUCGGCACGGCGCUGGAUGCCAAAGUGUUGGACAAAAUGGGACCGAAGAUCAAUCCACUGAAUGGGCAUCUCCUGAAUGCUGCGGAUGCACAGCUGAUGACCUUAUGUGAGCGGAUGCGGAACAAAGUGGCCGCCAUGGCGGAUGGUGAACAGACCAAGCUGAAAGGAGAAACCUUCACGGCCUCGCCCAGUGUGCAGUUUACCAGCCGGGCGCCCGGCGGAUUCCCUGUCUCCGGAGAGACGAUGAAGGCCUCCGCACAGUUCAUGUUCAAUCCGAAUCUCGGGAUGCCCAGCAUCCCCGUCUGUUUCUACAUGACGCCGGCCAACUUCCGGAUGCCCAUGUGGUCGGCCGCGCCCACGUUUAUGGGCAUGCAGGGGGCACACUUCGGUGGUCCAUCCAACAAUGGCGGAGGAGGCGGAGUCUUCUUUGUGCCGCAGCAGUUUGGACCGAGCGGCAACUUCUUCGGUGGCAGCAGCGGCUCCGGAGCUGGUGGCCAGGGUGCCAACAUCUUCUCGAAGAAUGCCUCGCCGCAGAAGCUGUCGAAUGCCCAGCAGCAGGUCUACUGCAGCUACAUGCAGAACCAAUCGGGCCAGGGUCAGGGCCAGGGCCAAGGGCAGUCCCAGGGACUCAACCAGCAGCAGGGAGUCGGCCAGUCGACCUUCUCCAAUGCCAACUUCAAGAUGCGUCACGACGCCAACCUGACGAGUGCCGUCCAUCAUCAGGGACAGAUCAUCUACGCCAGCUAUGCGGGACUCCCACAGCAACCGAUGGAGCGCUCGCAGUGCCCGGAACCGGAUCAGGUCUCGUGCUACGGGGGCCAGGAGUGUAUUCCAGCCGCCCACUGGUGCGACAAUCGUGUGGACUGCAAGGACGGCAGCGAUGAGUCGGCCUGCACCUGCGGCGACCGUCUGAACGAGGAGCGUCUGUGCGACGGCUAUCAGGACUGCCCCAUGGGCGAGGAUGAGCUGGGCUGCUUUGGCUGCGAGCCUCUGGCCUUCUCCUGCUACGAGAAUUUGGAGGAAUAUGCCCGUCACAAUCGCUCCACGAUAUCCAUGUGCUACAGCCGCCUAGAGCGCUGCGAUGGCUUCUUAAACUGCCUGAAUAGUCGCGAUGAGCAGCAGUGCAGUAUGCUGGUCACAGAUGUCACUCAUCACAUGUCACACGCGGCCUCUGCUUCUGAGGGGUAUCUCUAUCACAAUCAUCGCGGCGAUUGGCACCCGGUGUGCAACAAUGGCGAAAAGUGGGCAGACGCUGCCUGCGAGCAGGAUGGAAAGGUGGAAGGAGCUGUGCCCGAGCUCACCUUUAAGCCGCUGAUCUUACCGGGGCCCUUUAUUGAGCCAUCGCUGCAUGCGGGAAUCCACUUUGCACAGGCCUGUCAUGGUCGCAACAACGCAGAUUCCCUAGUGGAUCAUGUGGCCUAUGUCCGGUGUCCUCCGACGCAAUGUGGAUUGCCCAAGAAUACGACCAAAAUGGAGCACUCGAAGCGCGUGAAGAGAGCUGUGGCGGAAGCGAAGGAAACCGUCGGCGAAGGACGCAUUGUUGGAGGCGGCUACACGAGUGCCCUUCAGUGGCCCUUUGUGGUGGCCAUCUAUCGGGACGGGAAGUUCCACUGCGGUGGCACCAUCUACUCGGAUCGUUGGAUCAUCAGUGCCGCCCACUGUGUCAUCAAUUAUGCGAAAUACUACUACGAGGUGCGUGCUGGACUCCUGCGUCGUUCCAGCUACUCUCCUGCCACCCAGAUCCAGCCAGUGUCCCAUGUUGUCGUCCACCAGGCCUACGAAAGGCGGAGCAUGCGAAACGAUCUGUCAUUGCUGCGACUUGCCAAUCCGUUGCACUUCAAUCGCUGGGUGAAGCCCAUCUGUCUGCCCGACCAGGGAAGGACAACCUUCGGCGACGAUUGGAUAUGGGGUCCCGAGGAGCACACCCUCUGCACGGUGGUGGGAUGGGGAGCCAUCAGGGAGAAGGGUCCAAGCAGCGAUCCCCUGCGACAAGUGACGGUGCCCAUACGCAAGGGCUGCACAGAUCCAGAGGAUAGGGCCUCGGAGGACAUUUGUGCUGGCGAUCCGGACGGUGGACGCGAUGCCUGCCAGGGCGACUCAGGCGGUCCACUCUUCUGCCGCAGCGUCACCCAGCCGGAGCAGUUCUAUCUCGCAGGAGUUGUGAGCCAUGGCAAUGGCUGUGCGCGUCCCCAGGAGUUUGGCGUCUACACGAGGGUGGCCCUCUACUUGGACUGGCUGGAGCUGGCGGUGACUCCCCGCCUGCUGCCCGCACGCCAACCGCUGCAGCUCUGUCCGGGAUUCAUCUGCGUGUGGGGUGGCAAGCGGUGCAUAGCCAAGCGACAGCGCUGCGAUCGCAAUGUCGACUGUCUGGGCGGUGAGGAUGAGGUGGGUUGUGUCUACAACUUUAUCCCCGAUAUGGUGGGAGGCACUCGGCAGAAUGUAAGCACCACAACGGAGAGUGACUAUCACCCGCUAAAGGAUAGCCAACAGCGUCAGGAAAUUGCAUUAGAAGAUGACCAUUUGAUGGCAGAACAAGACGAGGAGGAAGUGUCGCAAAGCACCACUUUCCAAAGUGAAAAUGAAAUUGAUUCCACUCUGUCUGCUGAUGUAACGUCCACCCCAUCAGGGGAUGUGUCAACAAGAAAGGAUACCACUGGAGUGUCGACAGAAAUCGACUCAACGACGACAGCAGCAACUACUGCACCUACGACAAUAGAAACGACAACUAUUGCAUUCACAACAAUUGCUCAAACUACAACGAUACCCACCUCGACAGAGGAUUUCAAGAAGCUCUCUGAUUUGGUCACACAAUUCCUAGAGGAGAGCACCACAAUGAUGACCACCCCCUUGUCUCUAGUCACAACAGAUGCUCCUCCAACUACAAUCACAGCGGAGGAGGCUAGGGAAACCACAACCACAAGCACAACCACAGAAGCCGCAACUACAAUUAGCAGUAGUAGUACGCCCUCUACAACAACUACAAGGCUCACCACCACUACAAGGCCCACAACAAGCACAGUCUCGGCGCCGACUACAAGUGCUCCUCCACAGACAACGACCAACAAAAUGGAGAUUCCCAAUAAAUUUGUGUGCAAAAAAAUGGCUCAGAUUGUGGAGCUGCAGAUGCGCUGUGAUCGGAAAGUCGACUGCGAGGAUGGCACGGAUGAGCUGGGGUGCAGCUGUCGGGACUACAUGAAGGGCAGUCUGCGCGCACUCAUAUGCGAUGGCAAGCCGGAUUGCGAGGAUCUAACGGAUGAACAGGAUUGCGUGGGCUGUAAAACAAAUGAGUUCCGCUGCCCAUUAUCCAAGACCUGCCUGCCAAUGUCGAAGCGCUGCGACAAGAAAGCGGACUGCCAGUUCAAGGAGGAUGAAAAGGAUUGCUUUGCCCUGACGAAUGGCCAUGAUGUACACUUUGAUGUGCAUCAGCAGCCCAAGUUUAGUAGCGCUGGAAUCUUCUCCAAAAACGCCCAUGGCGUGUGGCGUGUAGUGUGCGCCCAUGAGACGGGCUACCAUGAGCACCAGGCCAAUACGGCGGAUGCUGUUUGCGCCCUGCUGGGCUUCAAGGGAGCCCACUACUUCAACAGCUCGGAGAUUGUGAGCCAGCGGGAUGUGCAUCCCAUUACGCCAGAGCUACCGGGCAAGACGCAGCUGGUUGUGGAGCUCCGCUCAAUGGACAAUGACAACGACCAGCUCUCGGAAAACGAGGAGGCAAUGCCUGAGCAGGGCCUGCUUUCGCCGUCGAGACCGGAGAAGGACCGCCUGCUGCCCAGCACGUGUCUGGGUAUCUAUGUGGAGUGCAAUCCCCUUUCCAACCAGACAACGCCCCUGAAGACGCUGAGUGCGGGACAGGCGGUCAAGCAGAAGCCUGCGGAGCAGAUGCCCAUCCUACUGCCCACCAUCGAGACGCACAACCGACCCAAUGUCCACUUUAAGCCGCAAGUGCCGACCACAAUGAUAGUCAACAAGAAGGACGAAGUGCUCGACCGUUUGGAUAACCUAAUCAAGAGCAAGAAGAACAAGACGCUGCUGGUGAACGAGCAGCUGCACGAAGCCAUCGAGGAGCUGCACUGGCCCUGGCUGGCCGAUGUCUAUGCCAAUGGGGAGCUCUGGUGCCUUGGCGUGCUUAUCGACAAGCACUGGCUGCUGGUCCACGAGAGCUGCCUCUCGGGAAUAAGCUUCGAGACGCACUACAUUAGCGCACUGCUGGGCGGUGGCAAAACGAAGCGUUCCCUCCACAGAAGCAAUCACGAGCAAAUCCGGCGCGUGGACUGCUCUGAGGCAGUGCCCAAGUCCAAUGUGCUGCUGUUUCAUUUGGAGAAACCCGCACGCUUUACCAAACAUGUGCUGCCCACCUUUCUGCCCGACAGCUCUCACCAUAAUGACAGUGCUCUGCGGGAUUGUAUCAGUGUCCUGCACGACGAGAUCACGGGACGAAUUAAAACGGUUGCCAUCACACAGAUCAGGAAUGACCCAAAGUGCCCGUCGUGCUAUAAGCUGCAGGAGAAGCAGCCGCCAGUGAACCUAAUGCGUUUGCUGAACGUCAGUGCCGAGGAUAUGGCCUCCAUUUCGGAGGAGGUGGAGCUGAUGAACGGUGCGGCCGCAACAGAACUCCCAGCCAUCACAAAGUUCACCAGUUGCCAUCAGUUUGGCCUGAAGAACCUCAGUGACACGCACCACAAUCCCAUCGACCAGGGAGUGCUUGUCUGUCGCGACCCACACACGGGCUGGUUCCCCACGGCUCUGUUUAACUACAACAACUCCGAUUGCCAGAGCUUCAAACAUCCAUUCAGCAUUGGGACACUGGAGCGGGCCUACAAAUCCCUGCAAGACAGCAUAGAUGAGCCCAACUGCAAAAAUCCACAAUCACCGCCAGAGUGCAGCACCCAUCGAUGCCCGCUGGGCGUUUGCCUGCCGCAGUCGGCGAUUUGCAAUGAUAGAUUCGAUUGUCAUGACGGAAGCGAUGAGGAGGAGGCAAAAUGUCGACAGCUGAAGCACAGAUGCGCCCCGGGCGAGAUGAAGUGCCGCUCCAGUUUCAAAUGUUUGCCAAAGAACAAGUUCUGUGAUCAUGUGCCUGACUGUGAGGACAUGACAGAUGAGCCGACGAUUUGCAGCUGCUUUACUUAUCUACAAGCCACGGAUCCCUCCAAGAUAUGCGAUGGCAAGCGAAACUGCUGGGACAAGAGCGAUGAGAGCUCUGUGCUGUGCAAUUGCACUUCAGAUCAUUUCCAAUGCAGUUCAUCCCCUGAAGACUGUAUUCCACGUGAUUUCGUGUGUGACAAAGAGCCCGACUGCCCCAAUGGCGAAGAUGAGCGAUACUGCUUCGGCAUAGAGCAUCCAUUGCAGCAGCAAAAGAAGGACUUCUGGGCAUAUAGCCAGUUCAACACAAAGGAGAUAGCCCCACAGUAUGGACAAGUGAUUGAGCAAACCUAUGGUAUCUGGCACACUAAGUGCUUCCCGAAGAGCGCGCCGCCCAACAUGGAUGAAGUGCGGGAGAUAUGCAAGAAGCUGGGCUACAACCCGUACCGGCAGCCCAGCUAUCGCCUGAUCGAUGACGAGGAGAACAAGGCCGUCCAGACGUAUGAGCUGUUGGACCAGCGGGGACGCAGCUUCAGCAAUGAAUCGCUUGUGGGCAAAUACCGCGACUCCACCAAGGCCCUGAUUGUCAGUAAGUUCUCGCCACUGCAGCUGAACGAACGGCUCACGCUCUUCCUCAAGUCGAGCCGGCCCAUUGCCGAGUUGGUCCGGUGGAAUGCCACCGACUCGGAUCGGUGCUACAGGCUGGAGAUACGCUGUGCCUGAAGGGGCAGUCCCUAGACUCCCCCUUAGUGAAGUGCCUAAGGCUUCCCUAAACUCCCGCGAUUAUCCUUUGUGCGUUUUAGUAGCAAAUAAAUGCGAGAGAAAUCAUAUAAUUUA